AUGGCUCCUGUCACCCCGUCUAGUACCAAUCGCACCUAUUAUCUGCCCCACAAUGCGGUCCCCAAGCCUGACAGCACUACUACUAAGUUACGUGUUGUAUUCAAUGCCUCGAAUCCGUCAGCAAAUGGAAACAGUUUGAAUGAUCUUCUCUAUUCCGGUCCCACACUACAGGCUGAUUUGACCAUACUCAUUUCACGGUGGAGACUUUUCAGAUACGUUUUUAAUGCAGAUAUAGAGAAAAUGUAUCGCCAGAUUCUUGUAAACCCCUCUCAGACCUCCUUUCAGCGUAUCAUAUUCCGUAGCACUCCUCAACAUGAGCCUCAAGAUUUUGAACUCAAUACGGUUACUUUUGGUGUAAACUGCGCACCAUAUCUAGCGAUACGCACAUUACUUGAAUUAGCUAACAUCAGCGAACAAUCUAAUCCCUCAGUUUCUGAUAUUCUUCGGAAUUACAUGUACGUCGAUGAUGUCCUCGGCGGAGCUCACACAUUGUCUUCUGCUCUUAAGGUCAGGGACGAACUCAUCGAUGUCCUCAGAUGUUCAGCUGGUUUCUCUCUCCGAAAAUGGACUUCAAACAACGAUUUUUUGCUCCAAGGUCUGUCCCCAAGCCAUCUCCUAGGCGCAGAGUUCCUGAAACUAUCAGACCCUUGCACCACUAAAACUUUAGGCUUACGGUGGAAUGCCGAUUGUGACCAUUUCUACUUCCAACUUAAAAAAUUUCCCGAUAGAAGCUCUACUACGAAAAGAUCUGUCUUAUCUGAAAUCGCUAAACUAUUUAACCCCGCCGGCUGGCUAGCCCCUAAAAUAAUCGUAGCCAAAAUGAUUAUGCAGCAAAUUUGGAAAGACGAGACAAACUGGGAUGAAGAUCUUAAGCCAUCCACACUUCUCCAGUGGCAUGCUUUCUUAGAUGAUUAUUCCGAAAUAGAACGCGUCAAGAUUCCACGAUAUGUCGAUUUCGAUCCAUCAUUUUCCAUCGAGUUACAUGGCUUUUGUGACGCUUCGGAAAAAGCAUAUGCUGCCACAUUGUAUAUACGCGCCCAAAAUUUAGGCUGUGUUUCGUCACACCUCUUAGUCGCUAAAACGAAAAUUGCUUCAGUUAAAUUUGUCUCCCUACCCCGAAAAGAGCUAUGUGGAGCCGAACUUAUGGCCACCAUGAUUGAAAAUGUCAAAUCUCAAAUGAAUCUUCGGAACUGCAAAGUCUUUCUAUGGACCGAUUCAACCAUUGUCUUGGCAUGGUUACAGAAACCUCCUAAUCGUUGGAAAACAUUCGUUGAAAAUAGAGUUUCGUCCAUUAUUGAAAAAGUUGGAAGUCAAUCUUGGUUUCAUGUUGACUCCAAAAGUAAUCCCGCUGAUUUGGCAUCUCGUGGACUCACUGUCGCACAGCUUAUUUCGAAUAACUUAUGGUGGCAUGGUCCGUCAUGGCUUAGACUAUCUCCGGAUCACUGGCCUAGAAAUUCGGCAAAUUACUCGACAGACGAAGAGGUGAAACCUAUUCAUGAUCACCUGUCGCAUAUAACCAAUACUGAUAUCUUGAAUGAUUUCUCAAUUUUUCCCAGAGCUUUGCGCAUUAUCUGCCAAGUGUUCCGUUUUUAUUAUCGUUGCUGCAGAAGAUUGCAUCAUCAACUCGUAACAACUGAUGAGCUAACCCGAGCGGAGUUGGAUCACGCAAAAACUCGAUUAGUAAUUGCCUCCCAGAAGUUAUAUUUUAAGAAAGAAUACGAUCUCCUAUCUCAAGGUCUAGACAUUCCAAAGAAAAGUCAUAUCUUAACUCUAAGUCCCUUUCUAGAUUCUGCAGGUGUUAUGAGACUAAACGGUCGCUUAUCAAACUCUCCAUCGCUAACUUACGAUGAAAGAUUACCGGUUUUACUCCCAUAUCAUGCAUCUUAUACUAGGCUUUUCUUUUCAUACCUACAUAAAUAUUCACUCCAUGGUCAGAAUGCUCUCAUUUCAAAAACGACAGAAAAGCCAACAAAUAAUGGCGGCCUUACCCCCGAAAGGACCACACUCUCCCGUCCAUUCACCAAUACUGGUGUCGAUUUCGCUGGUCCUUUCGACAUCAAAACGUAUGCAGGUCGUGGAUGUAAAGUUACUAAGGGUUACGUGUUAGUUUUUGUCUGUUUCGCUACUAAAGCUAUCCACCUCGAGGGUACAAGUGAAAUUUCAACUCAGGCUUUCUUAGCAGCGUUUGCUCGCUUCUUCUCACGUCGUGGUUCUCCAAGUGCGAUGUACUCGGAUAAUGACACAGCUUUUGUCGGCACUUCCAAUAUCUUAGACUCGCAAUUCCUCUUGCUUUUGCGUCGAAAAUUACUUGAUCAAAAUAGCUUUGUUCUUUUAGACUGGCACUUUAUCCCUUCAGGAGUGCCGCACAUGGGCGGUCUUUGGGAAGCAGGGGUAAAGAGUUUUAAACUGCAUCUCAAACGAAUCUCUCAUAGUCAGAGUUUUACGUACGAAGAAUUCUCCACUAGCCCGCAUUGA